UGACGCGACUAUCUGUGCGGCGUGAGCUUUCCGCUGUACGGUAGCUACAAACAUUACUGAUGCUAGCUAGCACAUGAUUCUGCAAUUUUCACAUCUUCUGAGUUACAGGAGUAGCAUUACCCACAACUUACGGUUUUGUAGAGGAGUGUCGAAGAGCUACACAGGACGGAGUCGCAGUUUUGCUCGUAUUUGGGCAUUUUCGUGUACUAGCUAGCCAAGGUUAGCGCGUUAGCUGACGCUGCAAAGAACGAAAAAAACAUCAACAUGAAUAUUGACAACGCUAAUCAGUCUGUUACUACUGGAGUGGCAUCUACGACGUCUUCAGCUUCCAGUAAUUGUAUCGCAAAUGAUAAUGCAGCAACCAAUGUCAGCAGCAUCCCGUCUGUCACCACUAAUGCUUCAGCCUCAGCUGCCAUGGUGACACCAUCAUCAGAUGUAUCUGUCUCCAAUGGUGUUUAUGUUCCUGGUGGCAUCACUAAUGGAGAUGUAAAGCCUGCUAUAUCCACCACUCCCCUGGCUGAUUUCCUCCUGCAGUUGGAAGAGUACACUCCCACAAUUCCUGAUGCAGUUACAGGAUACUACCUCAACCGGGCUGGCUUUGAAGCUUCUGAUCCAAGAAUAAUCCGUCUGAUCUCCCUUGCGUCUCAGAAGUUCAUUUCAGACAUUGCUAAUGAUGCGCUGCAGUACUGUAAAAUGAAGGGCACUGCCUCGGGAAGUUCAAGGAGCAAGACAAAGGAUAAGAAGUACACUCUGACUAUGGAGGACCUGACUCCUGCCCUCUCAGAAUAUGGUGUCAAUGUCAAGAAACCAUAUUACUUCACAUAGAGCCAUCUGUCCUCAAGGCCUUUUGCUUUAGCUUGUUUUACAUCCCUGCUGACCUACUAGAGUGUUGACUUUUUUUU